AUGGAAGAAACUAAAGUUAUAUACCAUAUAGAUGAUGAAGAAACUCCUUAUUUAGUUAAAAUACCCAUUUCAAAGGACAAAGUGACUUUAUCAGAUUUCAAAAAUGUUCUCAACAGGCCCAACUACAAGUUCUUCUUCAAAUCAAUGGAUGAUGAUUUUGGUGUUGUUAAAGAAGAAAUAAUUGAUGAUGCUGCACAUCUCCCAUUCUUCAAUGGAAAGGUGGUUAGCUGGUUGGUGUCUUCUGAUGGUUCCAACCCGUCAGACGGCGGUUCCCAAUGCACAGAUAGUGUGACUCAUCAACUAGAAACGCGAUUACCACCGAUGGCACCCGAAUCUGUGUGCACAGACACUGAAAGUAUCAUAAGUUCCAGACCAGGUAGAAGACACCAUAAAUACUCAUCGAGAAUGAACGGACAUCUUCCAAGAGUGUAUGAGACUGAGUCUAUAGUAAGUUCAGAUUUGGAAACGACCAGCUUUCAGUCCGAGACUACAGGGAGGCACACCGCUUUAUCGGAAUGUUCCAGCAUGAGUCGGCUUCAUGUGGCAGGCCGAAAGAGACCUCAAAGAAGAAGAAAACAAAGGUUGCAGGCCAUGUCAAGAACAAGUUCAUAUUCAAGCAUAACAGAUUCUACCAUGUCCUUGAACAUUAUAACAGUGACCCUGAAUAUGGAUACAGUGAAUUUUCUUGGAAUUUCCAUAGUCGGACAAAGCAAUAAGGGCGGUGAUGGCGGAAUUUACGUUGGAUCUAUAAUGAAGGGAGGUGCAGUAGCUUUAGAUGGUAGAAUAGAACCGGGUGAUAUGAUAUUGCAAGUGAACGACGUUAAUUUUGAAAAUAUGUCAAACGAUGAGGCUGUUAAAGUAUUAAGAGAAGUUGUACAAAAACCGGGACCCAUUAAAUUAGUAGUUGCCAAAUGUUGGGAUCCAAAUCCCAAGGGAUAUUUUACCAUACCCAGAACUGAACCUGUCAGGCCUAUUGAUCCAGGCGCUUGGGUGGCCCAUACGGCGGCAGUCAGAGGCGAAACGGUCACCAGGCCUGCAAGCAGUUCGAGCUCGUCCUUGGCAAGUACGAUACCCGCCAAUGAACGUGAGUGUCUUCUAGGUCCUGACCUGGAUGAGCAGCUGUCGGUGAACACCACGCCCAUGGCGCAAAUAGUCCAAGCGAUGGCGCGACCCGACAGCGGUCUCGAGAUCCGCGACCGCCUCUGGCUGAAGAUCACCAUUCCGAACGCGUUCAUCGGCACCGACCUCAUCGAUUGGCUGCUGACGCGCGUCGACGGCUUCGCGGAGCGUCGGGACGCGCGUAAGUACGCGUCGCAUCUGCUCAAGGCCGGCUUCAUCCGGCACACGGUCAACAAGAUCACGUUCUCCGAACAGUGUUAUUACAUUUUCGGAGACCUAUGUUCGGCGAUGACAAACUUGAAAAUACAGGGUGAUACUGAUAGUGUGGGUCCUUUGCCGAACGUUCCUAACUACAUGCCAUACAGCGGUACUUACAAUCCUUUGGAAUACAUGCCGAUGCCAUUCUACAGUGAGAACACAGUAUACGGUUACAAUAAAGAAGAAUCAGUUUUGAGUGGAAGUGGCGAAUCUUCUGGCGGCUCCGACAACCUGAAGGACGCCGCGGCGGGCCACAGCAGCGCCUCGGACAGCGACCCGACGUCGAUGGGCGGGGCUCCGGUGCCUCGAGGGGGCGGAGCUCCGUCAGGCGGUAACGGCAACGGCAGCUCCAACGGGUCGGAGCAGAGCAGCGGAACGCAGACGCAGCAGCAGCAGCAGCGGCCGAAGGACAUCGCCGGUAGUAGACAGAGCUUUAAAAUAGCCAUGGGCAAUCCGUGCGAGAUGUUUGUCGAUGUCAUGUAG